AUGCUAUCAACUCCAAUUACCAAGGAUAUAGAUUAUGACAAGGUCUAUGAACCAUCUGAGGAUUCGUUCUACUUACUAGACUGUUUCGAGCAAGAGAGGGAUUAUCUCGAGACCAAAUUCAAGAAGAACAAGGUGCCAAUCAUCACUGAAAUUGGUACUGGAUCCGGAAUACUUACCACAUUUCUACUACAACAUAUACUAAAAGAUGGCAUAUAUAUAGCUACAGAUGUGAAUCCUAAUGCGUGCAAAAGCGUCCUACAAACUGUUCGAAACAACUGUCCAACCCAAGCUCAUCUUGUUGAUUCGUCACAAAUGGAUCUAACAUCGGCGAUACGGCUGAACAUCAUUGACACGUUGAUAUUCAAUCCGCCCUACGUACCAGCAUCUGAAGUACCCGAUAUACCUGUCACCGACGAGGAUUCGAAAUGGCUAGAUUUGGCAUUGUUGGGGGGUGAAGAUGGAAUGAUUGUCACCUGGAAGGUUUUGAAUAAUUUGGAAAGGAUAUUGAGCACUGACGGUGUCGCGUACAUCUUAUUUUGCGCUAGAAAUAACCCCGAUAAGGUGGCCAACGAAAUGACAGAUAGAGGUUGGAAGGUGGACGUUGUAAUCAGCAAGAAGGCCGGUUGGGAAGUGUUGACAAUAUUACGGUUUAGUAGAUUGUGA